AUGGAAUCACAGGACCGUACAAGUUAAAGAUCAUCAACCGGUGAGAUCUAAGAAGUAUUUUAAUCUUUUCUACAGAAACCAUUGUCGUUUGCCUCCUCGGAUGAUUGCAUUGAACUGAAACCACAAGAAUAUAAAGGUUAUAAAUAUACUAUUUAGUGAGCAUUCUAAAACAAAAACUGAAAAAUAAGUAACAAAUAUAUUCGCUAACUAAAAUACUAUUUGGAUUUCGAUUUGAUUAUCAAAAAGCAGCUUGUUUAAUAUGCAAAUAAGAGGGCCAUGUCAAUUGUUGCCAAAUUAAUUUCCA